UUUCAUCAAAGAAUGUGUUUAUUUAAUUACCAUCGAAUCAAACAUUCAUGUGCACAAAACUUGCUUUAAAACAAAAGAUGGUAACAUUAAUCUUCACUAACUUCUACACGCGCGUCUGUUUAGAUGAAGUUCAAACAAUUGUUAUUAGUUUUCUAUGGUUUUAAUUAAAAGAACAUGAUGGCUAUGGUGAAGGGUGGAUGAGAAUUGGUUUUGCAUGACCCUAUUGCAGUAUGCUGAGAAAUACUGAAAAAGAAGCCAAAGCUUGAGAAAGACAGAAAUGGAUAAAGCAAGUCGAUCCGGAAGGUGACCGCCAAAAGGGAAACUCAGAACAGGUAUAAUGUAGCAGGAGGGGACGCAGCAACAAAAGAGUCUCAUUCAUACUCCUAGCAAGACGGAAAAGUAUUGACAGAGAAAUGAAUAGAAGGACCAAUUGACUCAUUCUCAUCCUGAGCACUUAAGACCUACAAGAAAUCCCUUGAUUAGAGAGGUAACCAAUGAGAAGACAGAGAUCAGGAUGAACUUUUCAGUCUCAACCAAUGAAAAUCCAGAUAAGGCCUUUUUGGCCCCCAAAGCACGAUACAUCACUGCUUAAAGGGCCCAAAAGUGCAUCCAAAUGCUGUAAAAAGAGCGGUUUGCGGGUCUCAACCCCCCCCCCCCCAAAUACAAAAUAAUUGUACCAAAAUUAAUAACGCGCAAUUCAACAUUUCCUGAUGCGCUUAGGUUUGAUUCGUUUUACUCUGAUUUUGUUUUUCAGAUUAAUUUCUACGCUUGUAACUUUGCUUUUUAGAAUCCCACUUUUUUGUUUAGUUUGAACCAAUCGAGAUAUUAGCUCCAUGAUUUCUACCAAAAAUGUGGCCAACGCCAUUGGUGGCAAAACGGCUAGAGCUUGUGAUAGCUGUAUAAAGAAACGGGCUGGUUGGUACUGUGCUGCUGAUGAUGCUUUCCUUUGCCAAGCCUGUGAUUCUUCAGUUCAUUCGGCGAAUCCACUUGCCCGUAGACAUGAAAGAGUUCGCCUGAAAACUGCUUCUGUUAAGUCCUCAAAUAAUGAAGCUCCUUUGGAGAGCUUUUCACCAUCAUGGGAUAAAGGGUUUACUAGAAAGGCAAGGACAAGGCGACCCGCAAAGGCUUCUAUUCAUCAAAAGCCUUUUAAAGCUGAGAAUACGAAAAGGAACAACAACCCCGCUCCUCUUGUGCCUGAAGUUGGUGCUGAUGAGAUAUCGCAUGAAGAGAACGAAGAGGAGAAGUUUCCUCAUAGGGUACCAAUAUUUGAUCCCUUUGUUUCUGAACCAUGCGCUUCUGCAACAUCAAAUGAUGCUACUAUGGGGGCUGUGAGGAACGACUCUGAAACAGCUGCAGCUGCUGCGAGUGAGUCUAAAGCUUUCCUGGCUUGUAAUGGACAUGAUGUGAAUGGCUCACAUGGGCUUUUCCCGUCUGAGAUGGAUCUUGCUGAGUUUGCAGCUGACGUUGAGAGUUUGCUUGGUAAGGGUCUUGAAAAUGAGUCCUUUGCCAUGGAGGAGAUCGGGCUAAUGGACUCUAAAAAGGACUUACUCAGGGAUUGUUCCUUAGAAAACGGUAAAGUGAAGAUUGAAGAUGAAGAGAGUUUUGAAGCUGGUAAAGAGUGCCAUGUCGAUUCUGAAACCGAUACGGUGAGAGAACCCUUUGAGUUGAGUUUUAAUUAUGAGUCUCCAGCAACCUGUGGAGAGGAGAAUGAGUUGGUAAAGGAAGAGGUAACAGUGAAGAGUAAUGGGGAUGUGGAAUAUGAGGAGGAUACUGCCAAAAAGAAGAGGAAGUUACUUUUGAGUCUGGAUUAUGAAGCGGUAAGCACUGCCUGGACAAGCCAAGGGUCUCCAUGGACUUCUGGUGGCCGACCAGACUUUGACCCAGACGAAUGCUGGCCCGAUUGCAUGGGAACUGGUGGAACCGAAGUUCACCACAGCUAUAGUGAUUUGAUAGGAAUGGGAGCCCAACAGGCAAUGAGGGAUGGAGGUAGAGAAGCAAGAGUAUCAAGGUACAGAGAAAAGCGGGGAACAAGGCUGUUCUCGAAGAAAAUCAGGUACGAGGUUCGCAAACUGAAUGCGGAGAAGAGGCCUCGAAUGAAAGGGAGAUUCGUCAAGAGGGUAUCCUUUCUUGCAGGACCCGCUUUUCCUUUGCUCAACAAAUAGCUGUUUAAACAAUUCAACUAAUCACCUGUGAACUAAUGUGAAUUACUUGCUAGUUCCUACUGCUUAGCCACUUAGGCCUAAUAUUCUCUACACUCCAAAUAAUUAAUAAAUAAAAGGUGAG